AUGGCGGCGGGGCCUCCUCCAGCCGGACGCGCCGAUCGCCAGGGCAGCCACAAAAAGCACCAGCAGACCGACUUGUUCGACUGGGCGCAGCGCAACGCCAUCAUCGCACCGCCGAGGAGGAACGGGAACCCCGCGCCAUCACCAGACGUUGAAGGCCGCCACCAGUCGUCAUCACCAGUCGUCAUCCCGAAGGCCAUCACCAAGGCUGCUGCGCCAUCACCAAUCGUCAUCCCCAAGGCCAUCACCACCCAGGAGGAACGGGAAGCCCGCGGCGUCACCGCGGAGCUCGUUGCGCCGGCAGACCUCCUCCACCUCCGGGCCGGAGAGGCGCCGAGGCUCCGCCGACGUCGGCGCCCACACCUUCCGAUACUGUCGAUGCCGCCAGUGGCGAGGCACAGGUCGCGGGGGUGGGGCGCCACCGAAUUCACCACGAAACUGUCGCCCCCCUCGCCGAGGCCCGCGAGCGCGCCGGAGCUGGCGUGCCACAAGAAGAGGCGCCCGUCGUCGGAGCCGCUGGCGACCAGCUCGGCACGGCCUCCGACGGCACGCGCACUCCUUGAUGGUGCGCCGGUUGCAAUGCCCGCCAAACUCCGUCGAGCCCGAGCAGAAGCUCAAGCUGAUCCUUCUCCCGUCGUCGGCGUCUGGCCAGGAGAGCCCACACUCCGUGCCGAACUGGAAGACAUGGUGGCCCGACCACGACGCCAGCAGACGGGCGCCGUCGGGGGACAGCGCCACGCUGGUUAUCAUGCUGGCGCCCCACGGCGUGUCUGGCGCCCUGAACACGGACACCGGUUGGGCCGAGGCAGCUUCGCCAGCGGCCGUGAGGUGACCUCCCCCAGCUGCCUGCGGUCGUAG